AUGGUGGGGGUGGGCACCAAACAUACGGGGACAUUACGAAGUAUAGUGGUUCCCCUGGUCAGUGAACCUUGGUACACUAUUACAACUUUGGACAGGAUGUACCUCGAAAUCAAGCGGCUACAUACACCACCAUUUGAAUGA